AUGCACUCUUCCAAGGGAAAGAAAAAAAAACUCUCUAGCAAUACACACCAAGCUGAGCAUAAGCAGAGUGUCUCCACAUGAUAUGUCUUAUCAGGAGAUAGGAGGGGGACACUGGAAGAAGGGGAGGAUCAGAGAAGACAGGAUCAAGCAGUGUUUUUACACAAUGCAGAUGAUUGACCCCUCAGGUUCCACAGUGAGUAUAAUAAGCAUGCUUUAUUGCCAGGGGCGGACUGACAACUUAUGGGGCCCCCGGGCAAUAGGGGAUCAUGGGGCCCCUGUGUCCUUGCCCAAACUCAAAAAAGCCUAU